UGCCGGUGGAGGGCGGCCGGCGCCGGGGACGGUAGUUUGAUGCUGAGGAAGGAGCCGCGACGCUGGUCGUCGCCAGGGUUGCCGUGACGCGCAGCGGAGGCCGAGCUCGGGGUCAUCAGUAGGAUGGACGAAAAGAAAAAGUCAGAAAAAUCUUCUAUUGAUUCUCGUAUAUGCAGUUCAACUGAUGUAAGAACAAAGCAAGCAUCUGAUGCAAACAGAGAGGCUUACCAACCAAGGAGAGUGAUUUUCUUAACGGAGGAGUCUAAGAAGUGUUAUUUACUGCGGGAACUAACUGCAGAGAGAGCAACUAUUGAAAAAGGAAUGCUGGAUGUUGAUCGCCUUAUUCUCAAACUCUUCACAUCUGGGGUUUUGGACUUCAUCUCUUUGAAUCACAUCACUAGAAAUCCAGUCAGGAAUGACCGGACUCGAGUUCUGCUGGAUCACUUUUUACAGAUUAACAACAAUGGAAUUUUAAGACAGUUUGUUUCCCACAUGCGGGACUCGGUGAUUCUAAAUGCAGAAGCACUCAACUGGGCAGAGUACAUGCAAGGAUGCAGUGACAGCUGCUGCAUGUUCUUCAUUAAGAAAUAUGCCGAUGUUUUUAAAUACGUAUUGGAGGAAUACGGUGUGAAGACCUUUGCUGAAUACUUCCUGAAAUCUGGAAUGCUGAUGGAAUCGGAGAGCAAGGAUUUAUGCAAGUACAGUUAUAAAGAAGGAGCUGAGCGUUUUAUGCACAUUCUCUUCACCAAGAAGACCAUUCUGUGUGUAGCAGAUAUGUGGUUUACAUUAGUGGAACAUCAGCAUGAUAUUCCUUACCUAGGACCAUACAUCAACAGUUUCCUGAAAGCAUUUGAUGAACAAACUGGGCCUUUCUGUCCACAAUUUGAUCCUCAAUUGCCAGUCAAACCACUAUUAAAAAAGAGGUGCUACGUUAAUCUUUAUCGCCUUCUUCAUUUAAUACAUGUGGAAGGCACAGAGAUAGUUCGGAAAAUUUUUGAAGCCCACGUCUCAGCAGAAGAAUUGGAAGAAGAAAUUACAAAGAAUAAAGUUCUGAUCAAGAAUCGUUUGGAGGGACCAGAUUUUAGUAACUUCAAAAAGAAAUGGAUCAAUAUUAUUUAUUCAGCAGACAGACCAAAAACUCAGCAUUUUUCACUGCCUCUUUUUCAAUUUCUUGCUGCGUUUAUGAAGAAGUUUCCCCGUCCCAAAAAGGGCUGGACUGGCAGGCUUGCAAGAUCUGACACUUCUCCUGGAGCUUAUCUGCGACGUAUUUGUGAGAUGCGAGAGCACCUUCUGAAAGACAUCUUGCACAAAGAACUAACCUAUGAAAAAUUUGACAGAAUGUGGAAUGAAGCUGCAGAGAUACUUGGUCAGCUCGGUGUUGAUGAUAAGAGGUUGCAAGAACUUCGGAUGCAGCCAAUGAGCGUUGUAUUUAUUGAAAGGAGAUACAUGGAGAAGUACUUCAAUAAACCACUGUCUGAACUUUUGGAAAACCUUAUUGUUAAACUCCACAGAGGUAUCGAUUCUGUUUGUGCUUGUUCAUUGGCAAAGGAUCCAAUUGCAGAUUUCGGCAAUCGCUCCUUCAACUGCCACUCCUCUGCCGACCUUGAAGGACAAAAGCUUGAAGUUAAAGUGGCCGAUACUAAAGAAGAGCAGAAAGGAAAAUAUACUUCAGACGAUGAAUUUGCAGUACCUGCUGCUGCAACUGGAGACUCGAGAUCAAAGAAAAGGCGAAAAAAGUCAAGAGGGAAAAAGGGUAAAAAGUCAGAAGCUGGUCCCCAGGCACCACCGCAGGAUGCUGGUGUGCUUGAAGAAUUAAAAAGUACAUCAACUCAGAACAGUGAAAUUCCAAAGGAUCAGACUCAAGGAAUCGCACAGAAAUCAACAGAACCAGCUUUGAAAUCUGUGCAGAAUAAUUUAACAAGCACACCUGAUCCUGAGAAUAAUCAGAAAGUCCCUGGACCUGAUCUUGUUCCUGCUGCUUCUCCAGCUGAAUCCUGCAACUCCAAAGAGAGAAGUGAAGAUGAGUCUGAAAAUGAAUCUAGCCAUUUGGAGGUUUUGAACGGAAUGGUUAAUGCAUAUGUCAACACUGAUGACGUUAAUUUCAAGGAGACUUUCAAAAGAAUAGAGGCAGAGAGGAUUGAAUUGAUUCAUUGCAUUGAAGAUCUACGUGACAGCUGCAAGCAAAUCGAAAAUGAAAGCUAUCUUGAUAUCAAAGCCUGGAAACAAAGAAUUCAAGAGCGAGAGAAAGAAAAUGCGGGCCUCCAGCAAGAAAUUUUCGGUAUCAAACAUCAACUCCAGGAAGAAUCUAACAGGGUAGUUCAGGAUCAGAAAAAUCAUCAAACGCAAUUACUGAAAGUCAAGGAAUUAAUUAAAGUCAAAAAAGCUCAAUGUGAAAGGUGUGUAAAAUCAAUUAAUGACAAGAAUGAGGAACUGAUGAAACUAAAAAAGGAAUUGCAGAAUGACCAAAAAGAAUGGUCCCAUGAAAAAUUACAGCUGGAGAAAGAGAUUGCAAAUAUUAAACAAACCGAAACGGAGAAUAUGAAAAAGACAAUCAGUCAAGAGUGUCUUUUGCUGGAGAUGCGCAGAGAUUUCAUACUCAGAAACUUGGAGGAAGCGCUGGUGGAGACCGAUCAUCAACUAAGCGUGGUCAUGGAUCAGACAAGGGGGCAAAUUGUUGACCCAUCACAUAUUCAAGCCGCUCUGAACAAAAGGGAAGCUGCUGUGGCAGAUAUCAGAAGCAAGAUUGACUAUACAAAGAAAAAAUUCAAUAGCCAUAUUCAGCUGAUCAAAAAUGGAGCCAAAUUGAGUAAUCUUCCUAAACGCAUUAAUCCUGAACCACUUUCUUUGCAUGUUCUGAAAUCUGGGAAGAAAACGAGCUCUCAGGGUUUACCAUUGUCCCAACACUCACACCAGGUGCACUCAGCUGCUACAUCUGCUACCAUGGUGACUCCAACAAUCAGCCAGUUACAUGGACACAGAAGCAGAUCAGAGUUGAGCAACUUUGAUGAUCCAGGACUAAUGGAGCAGGACUUGUGGUUGGGUCUUGAAUAUCACAAAGCCGCUAACCAGAUUGUGCAACGACCGGAGAGUAUUGAGGAAGAUCCUUGCGUCAUUUGCCAUGAAGAGUUAGUUCCCUUAGAAGAUUGCUAUCAACUGGAAUGCAAGCAUAUUUUCCACAAAAAGUGUAUUGAUUACUGGCUGAAGGAACAAAGCACAUGUCCUAUCUGCAGGAUUCUUGUAUUAAAGCCAGAGGACUACCCGCAGCUGCCAAAAAAAUAAGGUUAUCUUAAAAGAAACAAUAUGCAAACAAAAAUAACUGUUGGGUUAUUAAAGUUACUGUGUUUAAAAUGUACAAACAGAAUAAAAUUAUUCUUUCAAAUUUGCUAUUACAAAACUUGAUUGUGCUAUUUUGAA